AUGGCAAGUUCAAUUGUGGCCGAGUACAAAUCUUUUGGUCUUCAUAGGAAGCCAUACCCGAAUCCGAGUUCUCGAGCGGCUCGUUUUUGGAACCCUUUUUCAAGAUCGUCUCUUUCAAACAGGCAAACCGAUCCAAUGUGUUUUUCAAUCAAGAAAAUGCAAACCCAUUACAAAACUAAGAGGAAUUCUUUUGCUGUAUAUGCUAACAGUGUGCCAGGAGCUCCAUUGCCUUCAACUCCACCUCCUAAUUCACAUCCCUUGAGUUGGAUUAUUGGGGUGUUGAUAUCCCUAAUGCUACCUUUUUUCACCAACAAAUGGGGACCAUUGUGGGUGGUUAAAAAUAGAAUCGAAAACGCGGUCCAAAGGGUGGAGGAUGUAGUCGAGGCCGUGGAGAAAGUAGCCGGAAAAAUCGACGAGAUUGCAGAGGACAUAGCCGACGAUCUCCCUCAAGGGAAAUUGAAAGAUUUGGUGGAGAUGGUUGAAAAUGUGGCUGAAAAAACAGCUAAAACAGCUGAUUCUUUGGAUAAUGUCAUUGACAAGGCUCAAGAAGCUGAAGAUCGCCUAGAGGAAAUUGUAGCUGAAUCUCUAGCCAAAAUGCCCAAAAAUUCUCCAAAAGAAAAACAAAAUUAG